GGUCCGGCUCCGGGCUCCCAUUGUCUCGGCAGAUGCCGCUUAGUCCAGCUAUCGUGCUCUGUAUUCAGUUUUCGGGGGGUAGCGCUCUUUCUCGGUCCCGCGACGGAAAACCGGAUUCCCGAGUUUGGGCGGCUCUUCUUUCGUGCUUAGGACCCACUUUGCCGCCCCAGGGUGGCUGCAGCUAUGUCCUCCCUGCGACCCCUUCUGCUUCUGCUGCUGCCUCUGUGUCCGGGUCCUGGUCCCAGACUGGGGAGCGAGGCAAAGGUCAUCCGGAGUUGUGCAGAGACCCGGCAGGCGCUGGGGUCCCGGGGAUAUAGUUUAAACCUAAUCCCUCCCGCCCUGAUCUCAGGUGAGCACCUCCGGGUCUGUUCCCAGGAGUACACCUGCUGUUCCAGUGAAACAGAGCAGAGGCUGAUGAAGGAGUCUGAAGCCACCUUUCGAAGCUUGAUGGAGGACAACAGCUCCUUCCUGGUUCAUACCCUGGCUGUCCAGCACAGAAAAUUUAAUGAGUUUUUUCGGGACAUGCUCUCAGUAGCCCAGCACUCCCUGACCCAGCUCUUCUCCCACUCCUACGGCCGCCUGUAUGCCCAGCACGCCCUCAUAUUCAAUGGCCUGUUCUCUCGGCUGCGGGACUUCUAUGAGAAGUCUGGUGAGGGGUUGGAUGACACCUUGGUGGACUUCUGGGCACAGCUCCUGGAAAGAGUGUUCCCCCUGCUGCACCCACAGUACAGCUUUCCCCCUGACUACCUGCUCUGCCUCUCGCGCCUCGCCUCCUCUACUGAUGGCUCUCUGCAGCCCUUCGGGGACUCACCCCGCCGACUCCGCCUACAGAUAACCCGGGCCCUUGUGGCUGCCCGGGCCCUUAAGGACAGCCUGGAGACUGGAAGAGAGGUGAUCAGUGAGGCACUGAAGGUGCGGGUGACUGAGGGCUGUCGCCAGGCUCUGAUGCGUCUGAUUGGCUGCCCCUUUUGUCAGGGGGUCCCCUUACUUAUGCCCUGCCAAGGCUUCUGCCUCAAUGUGGUUCGCGGCUGUCUCAGCAACAGGGGACUGGAGCCUGACUGGAGCAGCUAUCUGGAUAGUCUCUUGCUGCUGGCUGAGAAGCUCCAGGGCCCCUUUUCCUUUGAGCUGGCUGCUGAGUCUAUUGGGGUGAAGAUCUCAGAGGGUUUGAUGUAUCUGCAGGAAAACAGUGUGAAGGUGUCCACCCAGGUAUUUCAGGAAUGCGGUCCUCCACACCUGGUGCGGGCCAGAAACCGCAGGACGCCUACGCCGCCCAGGGAAGAGGCGGGCCGGCCCAGGGUGUUGGUGGCCCAAGAGGAGCGGCCCACUACGGCAGCAGGCACCAACAUGCACCGGCUGGUGUGGGAGCUACGCGAAAGGCUGGGCAGGAUGCGGGGCAUCUGGGCCCGGCUGUCCCUGACGGUGUGCGGAGACUCCCGCAUGGCAGUAGACGUCUCGCAGGAGGACACACCCUGCUGGACCGGAGCCGGACGCGGCAGGUACUUGCCACCAGUGGUCGGGGGAUCCGCGGCCGAGCAACACAACCCUGAGCUGCAGGUGGAUGUCUCGCGCCCAGACGUGUCAACACGGCGGUGGCGGCUUAUGCUUCGGGCGGCCACAGCUAGGAUGAAGGCGGCCACGGUUGGACAUAAUUUGGACGGGCUGGACGGGGAUGAGGAUGCCAGCGGGUCUGGAGGAGGACAGCAGUAUGCAGAUGACUGGAUGGCUGGGGCAGCAGCUGUGGCCCCUCCAGUCCGGCCUCCUCGGCCUCUUCGGCCUCCAAGCCCUCCUCGGAGGGACAGUUUUGGCAAAAGAGGAGGAGGUGGCAGAGGAGGAGGUGGCAGUGCCCGACACAACCAGGGCAGAAGCAGGAGUGGGGGGCUGUCUGUUUUUGUUCAUACCCAACCCAUCCUUAUUCUUUCCCUCUCAGCCCUGACCCUGCUUGGACCUCGAUAACAGGGGAGGGGUGCCCUGGCAUUAGAAGGGUUCAAGGCCUUUUCCUCUCCUCUCCCCUCAGCUGGGUCUGGAGAGGAGUUUGAGGGGGCUUGCAGAGAGGGUGAACGGACUUUGGAGGUGAAUGGCUGGGGCCCCAAAUCCAGGAGAUUUCCCCUUGGGGAGUUGAGGAGAAUUGGGUGUUAACAAUAUUUAUUUUUUCAUUUGGUAAGGGUGGGUCCUGGGGGUAUUUAUUUAGGAGAGUGUGGCCUCCAGUUCUUUAAGGCUGGAGUUCCGCCUAACAAGGGAGAAAGGGGGGAGUUUUAGACUUACAGGUGGGGGAUAGGGCUUGAAGAAAGUUGGAAGUGGGAGGGGUGGAACUCUAAUGGGUUGGGUGCACCUGGUCUCAGAAAUGGACAAAGCUGAGUACUGAAGUACUGACUGGCUGCAGACCAGGGGACUGGGGUGUGUGUAGGAUAUGAGGUUCUGUGGGUUGACAUUCUGCUGAGUGUUUUUAGCAACAAUUUCUUAAUUUAAAAUUUUUUUAAAAUCUCUUCUCAUGACUCUGUUAUCAACAUCUGUCACAAACUCUAAGUUUCAUAUGUUAGUGUUUGAGUCUG